AAAGCAACUAAAACAUGCAUCUGUAGCACCGUUCUUCUUGAAAGACUGGCUCCACUCGGAGAAAAUCCGAAGGAUGUAGCAAUUGAAAUCAUACAAGCAAAGGAGCCUUUAGUUGUGUUCAAGUUGUAGCAAUUGAAAUCACAAACAACGGAACCUUCAGUUUUAUGGUAUAUCUUUUGGGAAGGGUUUCAUAAUCGCACAAAGAGGCUUCUGUGAUUGCCAGCAAGCAAGCUUAGCAGCAUCUUCCUGCAGGGCGGAUCCCUUUCCUUUGGUGUUGAAGCAAACCAACUGAAACCGCUGUAGCAUACUACCGUACCGGUACCGUACCGUACCGUACCACCCCCUGGCAAGCAAUCUUCUUCUAAGGCCCAUUCACCAUGAAGGCAGCUUUGUUUCUCUUCUCUUUUCUCUCUGCCAUUUCUGCUGCAGCCCCUACUGAGCCUCGCAGGCUGGACAUGCUGGACAUGGACAACUACAUGGAGGACAUGGACAGCAGCACGACGGAGGGUCAAGGAGACAUGAUGGGAAGAAUGGGCAACCAAGGAGGAGGCAUGAUGGGAUCCACAGGCUGCCAAGGCCAUGGCCGAGGCCAUGGUGGUGGUGGAGGCUGCUUUAUGCGCGUUAUUCACAAUCUUGUCAACAACCGAAAGGACAUUCAACGAAAUGUGACCAACACGGACACUGGCGCGAUUACCUAUACAUGGUCAUCAGCAGCCAACAAUAACCCCCUGGUAAGUGGCUGGUUGAAGCAGCAUGUAGCCAGCAUGGUAGAGUUGGUACAGGAAUUUGACAAUGGAGGUAUGAUGAUUCGAGGUUGGGAUCCUCUUUUUCGAGCCGUGUUUGACCACAGCACCCAAGUCUCUGCCUCUGUGGAAGAAUUCGACCAGGGAGUCAAGACCACAUUGACCGGAAACACGCCCUGUGCCAAGAGUUUGGUUCAAAUGCAUGCAGCUGUGGUAUCCUCCUUCAUCUCGAGAGGCUGGGACGAAGUUCAUGAGCCUCAUGAUGUCCCGGAUGCUUGCUACAAUAGCUGAGCAACCGGUACAUGUGGCUGGCUGGCUAUAGCGUGUACUGCAGGAAAGUAAGACAACGACUGCGCGACAUUGGCAGCGGCCACUUGAGAGAUAUGCACAUUCUACAAGCAUCGGUACUACACACGCAGGGUAGGGCACGAACGUAUAAUGGUUUAGAAAUACUAGUACUUUCGUUGCUUCUUGAGCCAGA